AACGUUUGCUUUGUUUCUGCUGGAGAGAUAGAGGUGGCUGCAGACAGUGCUGUCAGCACAACAGUGUAUUACCUGCUGUCUAAAGUAUUUAGGUUGGGUACAACUGUUUCCUAAUGAUUUAUGUUUUUUUUUAGGUCGUUUAUUACCAGCAUUGAGUUCAGAAACAAAAAGUCAAUUUUCUGUUGAUUUAAGAACUCAGACAGACUGGAGCGCGAAAGUUACUCCUUGGAAAAUUAAAACUAGAAUGUUGUUCGUUUUCUUUCAUUAUCAGACCAGAAGAAGUGCUGAUUGUAUAUGAAUAUUAAUUCCCAAGUAAAAAAAAAAAUUAAAUUAAACGCAGAGGAUUCCUGCUACUCGAGUCUCAAGCUAACAGUCAGUGAAGAUGGACGUCAGCGUCUCCGUGUCGUUCUUUCAAGACGAGCUCGCCUCUACCAUCGAGCACGCAGUGAAAGCGGCUGUAGACACCGUCUUGUGCCAAAUCACAAAAGUUGUCGGCGGCAAAUUCACUGAAUUCCGAAUGGAAAUGGCUGGAAAGGAGAAAGAGAAUGAAAGUCUGAAGCUGAGAUUGGAAAUAUCAGAGAGCGAGUUGAAAGCAGUGCGGGAAUGCAUGAACGCUGCAGAUGCAGACAUUAAACAACCUCUCAGAAACAUGAACCCCGACUGCAAUGAACAAGACUUUCAGAGGAAUGAGAACCAGGGGAUAUUUCAAGAUACCAAAGAGAGCCAUGCUGUCCCUAAAUCUGAAGCACAGGGGUCAAGGAUAGAAGCAGUUUACACACAAGAGGAGCCCUUUGACCAGGAGUGGUGUGCAAGUCUAAAGCAGGUUACAGAGCUGACAUGUGUUAAAGAUGAAGAGGUCCCUCGACUGGAAUGUGUUCCUAUUAAAGAGGAAUUCAUAGAACAGGAAUGUGUCCCCAUCGCAGAGGGAGUUCCUACUGAAAAUAAUGUCUGUACACUUGAGGAGAACAACACGCUGGUGUCAAGUCUGCAUGAUGAUUGUCCACCUGCACGUGAACUGGGAUUUGGAGUUCCUGAAGGGAAUGACACAGGAGGGACUCCAUUUCCCUGUGCUGAUUGUGGAAAGAGUUUCAGUCAUUUAUCACAGCUUAAAAUCCACCAGCGUAUUCACACAGGAGAGAAACGCUACCACUGUAAUGAAUGUGAGAAGAGGUUCUCUCGAUUGGACCAUCUUAAAAAUCACCAGCGAAUUCACACAGGAGAGAAACCACACCACUAUCCCAAAGAUAGCCAUGCCAGGUCAAGGAUAGAAGCAGUUUACACACAAGAAGAGCCCUUUGACAAGGAGUGGUGUGCCAGUCUAAAGCAGGUUACAGAGCUGGCAUUUGUUAAAGAUGAAGAGGUCCGUCGACUGGAAUGUGUUCCUAUUAAAGAGGAAUUCAUAGAACAGGAAUGUGUCCCCAUCGCAGAGGAAGUUCCUACUGAAAAUAAUGUCUGUACACUUGAGGAGAACAACAAGCUGGGAUCCAGCCUGUGUGAUGAUUGUCCACUUGAAUAUGAACUGGGAUUUGGAGCGGCUAAAGGAAAUAUCACAGGAUGGACUCCUUUAUCACAGCUUAAAAUCCACCAGCGUGUUCACACAGGAGAGAAACCUUAUCACUGCACAGUGUGUGAGAAGAGAUUCAGUCGUUUAGCAGACCUGAAGAGACACCAGCGCAUUCACACAGGAGAGAAACCUUAUCAGUGCACUGAGUGUGGGAGGAGUUUCACACUGUUACAACAUCUUAAAAGACAUCAGCGCAUUCACAGUGGAGAAAAACCUUAUCACUGUAAUGACUGUGGGAAGAGAUUCAGUCGUUCAUGGCACCUUAAAAGACACCAGUGCGUUCACACAGGUCCGAAACCUUAUCACUGCGCAGAGUGGGAAGACAUUCAGUCAUUUAUCGUACCUUAAAAGACACCACCACUGUCACGCAGGAGAGAAACCUUAUCACUGCACUGAGUGUGGAAAGAGAUUCACACAGUUAUGAAGUCUUCAGUCAUACCAGAGCAUUCUCACAGUAGGAAACCUUUUCACUGUGCUGCGUGUGGGAAGUUUUUCACACACUUAGUUCCCUGAUAAUCCACCAGCGGAGUCAGAAAAAUGAGAAAUCUGUAGUGAAUGUUUGAAGAGUUUCCAUCACUCAGACCUUAAAAGACAUCAUAAGAUUCACACAAGAGUGAAGCCCUGAAAUUCACAGAAUUUCAACCACUUGAGGACACCUAAACACCAGGAGUAAAUUUGACUAAGGCUGGGUCCUUUUUUGGGGGUUUUGAUCCUCACUCUGUACGGUUGGGUACGUUUGAUGUGAAGUGUGAACAAUGAAGUUUGCUUGGGAAAUGAACAGGUGGACUUGGUACGGUUGACAAACAAACCGAUCAAUGUAUCGAUUUGCUUGCUGUUCACAUUUAUCUGCAAGUAAAGGGACCAGGUUUGUUUUGGAUGUGAGCUGAAGUUAGUUUUUGUUUGGUUCUUUUCCAUUUUUUCAGGACUGAGCUCGUUUGUGUUGACAAUGCAGGUUUCAAGUGCAAUAGGUUCGGUCUGAAUCAGAUGUUUUCAGUAUCCUGCAAGGCAUAUUGAAACAUGGCAGCUAUUGAUCUCUGGUUUUAAUAAAUCAUGUUUUAGAUUCUUACAUAUUGCUGUGGAAGAAAGCAAUGGGGGACCACUUUGCUAAUUUAAUUAAUAGGUUACAUUUCUUGAAUGCCUACAGUAAGAUAAUGCAGUUUACGCAAUUCUGCAUGGUUCUCCACUGCUGGCAUUAACCAAGGUUGAGAAAAGACUGAAAAUAUUUUACUAUUUUUGUGAGUUUCGUCCAGUUCGGCUUGGAUUUUGGUGUAGGACCAAAUUUCUAUAAGAGCUUCAGUUUCUCACACUGUCCAUGUAGUUUAAGAUUUAUGAGAUUUCCACAGUGAAAAAAUGGGGCGUUUUUUUCCUUCAAUUUAUGGAUGCUGAACUCUGAAGCCGUAAAAAUAACAGUAUAUAAUAAAACAAGAAUAGUUUAAAAAUUAAACAUCUGGUGGUUUUUAUUGCAAAUCAUAACAACUUUCUGUUUUCUUUAUAUUGUCAUCCAGUCAAAACAUGUUAAAUGUACAAAAAGCCAGAUUUAAAAAAUAGAUCAGCUAUUACCAUUUAAACACAUUGUUAUACAGAUAAUGAGAAUGAUUAAAGAAAUAAUCCAUAAUAUUGUUUAUUUUAUUUUUGAAUGGUGCUACAACUAAUAUAUUUCUCUGCUAUUAACUUGCAGAGCACAGUGAUACAGUUUUGAGCUUAAUAAAUAAAUAGAUAAAUACAAUAAUAGCAAAAUCAGACAAUAUGCAUUUUUACUCUUUCCAUCCGGGAAAUUAAGGCUGAAAACUGGGACAAUCACAGUUUUGCCGAGAAGUCUGGUAAUGUUAUCUUUCACCAGUCAAAUCGCAGAGUGCCUAAAUAAAGUUUUCAGUCAGCACAAACAGAUUUGUUUCAUCUGUUGCAGCUUGCAUUCCAGAUAUAAUAGGAAUCUAUGAAAAAGACCGAGGAGUUCAUGUGACUCAGAAAUGUCUUCAUCUAGACAAUGUGGGGAAACAAUGCAUGAGUAAGAAGACCUCACCUAGAAUAUUGUGUUUUGGUCACCUCGUUACAAAAAGGAUAUUGCUGCUCUAGAAAGAGUGCAAAGAAGAGCGACCAGAAUUAUCCCGGGUUUAAAAGGCAUGUCGUAUGCAGACAGGCUAAAAGAAUUGAAUCUGUUCAGUCUUGAACAAAGAAGACUACGCGACGAUCUGAUUCAAACAUUCAGAAUUCUAAAAGGUAUAGACAAUGUCGACCCAGGGGACUUUUUUGACCUGAAAAAAAGAAACAAGGACCAGGGGUCACAAAUAGAGAUUAGAUAAAGGGGCAUUCAGAACAGAAAAUAGGAGGCACUUUUUUUACACAUAGAAUUGUGAGGGUCUGGCACCAACUCCCCAGUAAUGUUGUUGAAGCUGACACCCUGGGAUCCUUCAAGAAGCUGCUUGAUGAGAUUCUGGGAUCAAUAAGCUACUAACAACCAAACAAGCAAGAUGGGCCGAAUGGGGCCUCCUCUCGUUUGUAAACUUUCUUAUUUUCUUAUUUAGUUUUCCUAACUGAAACUGCACUAUUCUACCUACUGUAGGCAUUCAGCACAUAUAUUAAUUAAAUUAUCUAAGUGCUCCCCCAGUGCUUUCUCCCACAGCAGUAUGGAAGAAUCUAAAACAUGCUAUUAAAAACUGGAGCAAUACAUUAAUCGCUGCCAUCUUUCAAGAUGCCUUGCAGGAUAUUGUUAACAUCCAGUUCACACAGACCAUAUAAGUUAACUGAAUGCAUUUGCAAACUCCAUUGUGAACACAAACGGACUCGGUCCUGAAAAAAAAUGGAAAAGGACCAAAUAAACUUUAGCUUGCACUUUGGUCUCAUGCAUUGCUGAGUUUGAACAUUAGGAAUAUUAUAUGUAACUCUUCAUCAGUGACCAAGUCUCCAACUCUUUCAAAUCAAUACCAAGCUUUGGUCAAUUCUGAACUUCACACCUCAAACACAGUUUUGUGUUCACAGGCUUUGACUGCAAUAUAAUACCCCCAAUAUACAGUUUCAAAUAAUUAAUUUUGUUUCAAGUUUUUUUUAUUUUAGCUCACAUCUAGGGGACACACAAAGGGACGCUUAAAUUGUAGUGUACAACUCACUGGACAAAUCAUCCCCAUAUUCUAUUUUACAAAGAUAAUUUUAAAGAAUGACUGAAAUAUUCCUUUCAUAUGUUGUAUUUUCCUUGUAUUUAAUAAAUUAAAAAAAAACAAAAUCCUCUCAUUUUUAGAUUUGAAGUUAAUUGUGUAUAUACAUAAAUGGGGAUUCCCAGGUGUAAAUGUUUGCCAGUCCAUGUUGGAGCCUGGCUGGUUCCAUAUGCGUGCUUCUGUUUGUCUCGUUGCUCUACAGUAAUACAUGAAUGAUAAGUUAGGCUACAGCGGUUUAUUUGUUCUUUUUAAACUCCUUUCCAUUUCCUGUCUGCUGCGUUCUGCUGUACCACACUUGAUUUAGUCUCUUUGCUCAUGUGUGUUUUGUGUUUGUGUUCUUCUCUGGAUGUGUUUGUGGAACACAAGAUGGGUGUGAAAGGUUGACUGAACUGGUUUCAUUGUUUUAAAAUAAAGCUAAUAUUUAAAGAAAUUGUCAGGGUUUUUUUUCCAUUAAAGCAUUAGACAUGUUAGCAGGUCCCAUGUAAUGUUUAAGCAAUAAGGCAUGAGAGAGCAUGGGUUGUGCUGUGUAUUGUCACUUCUUGGUGCGUUGUUGGCACGAGACGCAGUUGAGUUAAACUGAUUUAUAAACAUUUUAUAAAAAAGAAAGGAGAAAUCUAUAGUUUCUAAAGAUGUGUUAAUAUUUUGAGGUAUAACCUUCCACAGUAGAAAAUAGCCCUUAUGAACUAAAAAUAAUAUUUAAGUAAAACAUUUUCAUUUUUUUUUUCAGUAAAAGCAAUAUUUUUUAAAUGGACUUUAAAUAACUAUAAAAACCUUGCUUAGAUGUGUUUCAGUUGAUUGUUCUGACUUUAAAUAACUAUAAAAACCUUGCUUAGAUGUGUUUCAGUUGAUUGUUCUGACUUUAAAUAACUAUAAAAACCUUGCUUAGAUGUGUUUCAGUUGAUUGUUCUGACUUUAAAUAACUAUAAAAACCUUGCUUAGAUGUAUAUCUGUGAGACCUUCCUGCAUAUUCUAUGUAACAUUGUUGCUAGGUAAUUCACUCCCAUUGGCUCUAGCGCCUACCAAACAGCGCAAGAGUUUAAGGUGCUUUGUUGGGAUGAAGAUUAUUAAUUAUUAAGUAAUUAAUUUAGUCAAAUUGUAUUUUUUUUAGAAAGCCAGUCAUUUUCUAGCACAUCAGUGUUACAUUUUUGUACCUGUAAAGAGUGAGUGAGCAGUAGUGAAGGAGAAGGGAGAGUGAAGGUGAGAGUCAGGUGGUUAAGAUAUCAAGUGUAGUAAUGUAAGUGCUGUCAAAAAAUAUAAAAAUAUCCACAGCUAAAAAUGAAUGAAGAGUCAGUUUCACAAAAUGACGGCUGAUACCAACUAAAGGAGGAAAAUAAAACUGAAUAUCUGACCGAAGGUACAGCAAAUGACUGGUUGUACUACAAAUAAAAUACCUAACCAGCGUCUUGUUUAAAAUAGCAAACUGGUUCGUAGUGCAAAUUAAUAUAAACUGAAGAUAUGACAAGACACCUUGAUGUAUCUUCCAUGACAGCAGGUAUUCUGACAGGUUUUUUCUUUGAUUUUGGUGGUGCAGUGAUAUGUGGUUAGCACAGGUGCAGUGAUUUGCCUUUGUUGCUAAGUAGUUCCUAAUCGUGACAUUGUGCAGGAUAUUGUAACGGCUUAGAACACUGAUGGACCAACCAGCAUGCAGCAUUCUAACACUCCGUUUUAUAAAUUACUGUAAUCACCAUUUGUACUGCUUAAAAAAAAUAGAAUCUAUGUAAGUAAUGCAUUUGUAUGUGUUUAUAAGGGUAGGAGGCUGUGUGGUCCAGUGGUUAAAGAAAAGGGCUUGUAACCAGAAGGUCCCCGGUUCAAAUCCCAGCUCAGCCACUGACUCAUUGUGUGACCCUGAGCAAGUCACUUAACCUCCUUGUGCUCCGUCUUUCGGGUGAGACGUAAUUGUAAGUGACUCUGCAGCUGAUGCAUAGUUCACACAACCUAGUCUCUGUAAGUCGCCUUGGAUAAAGGCGUCUGCUAAAUAAACAAAUAAUAAUAAUAAUAAUUACCUCUGCUAUAUAUAUUUAUCUGUAACUUGGAAGUGAAAACAAAAUGUGAGUGUCUGCAUUAUAUUAUAUUUUGAAGUGCAGAAUCAUGUUGUUUGUUAUCCCAUUGAUGAUUAUUGUCUACCUGCUGUAUGAAAGUACACUUUUUGUUUUUCUUUUGAAAUUAGGGGUACCCUAUUUAAAACUGACAAUGAUAUACUCUUUGCUUUGGCAUUCUUUCAACACCAGUUGGUCUCAAUUAUCAUGCACGUUAUUUUGUGUCACUAUUACCUGUAAGAUAUUUGUAUUUUUUGUAUGUUUUUGCAGAACCAAAAUAGUCAGUUUUUUUUUAAUUCAAUAGGAGAAUGGGGGAUGUUAUUAAACACUAUCACAUCAGCUGUUUAUCAUCUAUAAAAGGA